AUGUCAUCUUCAGAUUCUGAUUCUGAUUCAAGUUAUGAAUCAGAUGAUGAAUUACAAGAACCAACAUCAUGGCAUCAACUUAAAGAUGGAUGGCAAGAUUUUAUUGUAGAGGAUGGAGCUUUUAUUGUACCUGCUGAAGGAUCGGCUGCUGCAGCUGCUGAAUCUCUACAAAUUGAAGAUAGUAAUAGAUUUAAUGAUCCCCUUGGUAUAUUAAAGAUUCCACCACGUAAAUCACAAGGAGUUAAAGGUCAUUUAAUUAGUUUAGAAUCUGAACAAUUCGACCCUGUAGUAUUCCUUUCAGAGAUACACAGUCAAACAAAGUUUACAGAAUUAUCGGUUGGUCUCAGUAAACUCAAAGAAGCAUCAAACUCAAAGGAUCUAGAAAUCAAGUAUUUGGUAAAAGAUAACUUUGAACAUUUUGUAAAGUGUAAAGAUACAGUUGAUGAAGUUUACAACUUGAUCACUAGUAGUAAAAUGUUGGAUGAUAUGAGUGGAUCAUUUAAAAAAAUUAUUGAUAAAUCUGAAGUUGUAUAUGAUCCAUUACUUCAAGGUAAACAAGAAGCCGAUCAUAUUAGAAAGGUUUUAACAUUAUUAAACAAAUUUAAAUUUAUCUUUAAAUUGCCUGGAAAGAUUCAAGAGAAUAUUAGAAAUGGAGAAUUUGAUAAAGUUGUACAUAAUUAUAAAUACGCAAAGAGUGUUAUUACUACCAAUAACAAGAAGGCAUUCCAGAGAGUUUUAAAUGAUAUUGAAAAGAUGAUUGAAGAUUUUAGAUCGAGCAUGUUUGCAUCGUUACGAGAUCCACAAUCUAAACCAGAUUAUCUUAAAAAGGUGAUACGUGUAUUGAUGGAGAUUGGUAAUGGUAAAGGUGAAUGGGCAAAUGCAGGUGAUCCAUGUUGGUAUUGUCUAUCUCAUAAAAAUAAGGCAAUUACAACUUUAAUUAGUCAAUGUCAUGAUGAUCAAACAUUAUUACAUCAUAAAAGAAUUAAAAGAUUAUCAAUUUUAUUAUUAUCAAAUAUACCAAAUCUUUACAAGAUGGGUAGAUCGUAUGUGGAGGGUAGAUUUGAUUAUGGAAGUGAAAAGUUUUCAUCGACCAUUACAAGUGGAAAGAAAGAGUUGGCUUUGCAACAGCAACUGUUGGGAGGAACGCAGAAAAAAAAGGAAAAGAGUAUAUCGGUGAUUGUCCACUACCUCGAUGAAACAUUCUCGAGCUAUCGUAUUGACAAUGACAAGCGUGUCAGAGACUUGGUAGCAAUGUGUAUGAAGCGUUUCACUGACCCUGAGUCGGAAUACUGUCUCUACAAACUGUCGGAAAAGAAAGGAAAGGAUUCAUCGUCAGUCGGCCACAUCAAGUUGGUUGAACUCGAUCCUGCUGAAUCACCCUACAAGAUCUACAAGAAAUGGGUAUCAAAGGGUGUAUCGACUAGGAAAUUCCUAUUCAAAAAACGUAGUGAAGAGUUUUCCAAAAACUCUCAAGGAAAACAUGUCGUCCAAAAGGAUCUCAACAGCACAUUCAAGUCACACAAGAAACAAUACUCUGCUGCCACUUCACUACUCAAUGAAGAGAAUUUCAAAAAGCUUAUUAUUGAACUGUUACAAUUGUAUGCCGACAAGGUACAAGACUUGUUCUUUAACGAUGAUGAUGAGGUUACUGCAACUGGCCAGUUGGCUGCAUCAAGUGGCGGUUUGUCGUUGGAUGACGAGGUGGUUGGUAGCGACACUACCAACAUGGUAGAGAAUGUAAACGAAGUCAUAAAGUGUCACGACAUGUUGGUUGGUUUGGGUAUGCCAGACCCAUACGUACAAUCCAUCAAGGAUUUAGUUGGAAAUCUCACUCUUCAUUUUGUCAAUCGUAUCUGCUCUGAGAUGGUUGGUGAAAUCUCCUUCCUCUAUCUUCUCGAAGAUUGGUCAAUCAAUGAUGAAACCAAAGGUGUCAUCACUGCCAACCAAAUCGAUGGAAUGGUCACAACCAAACUAUUAAAUGAAUUUUUCAAUUGUACAAAAUCAAACCUUGAUAAACUUUCAUUCUUGGUUAAUAGUCCUCAAUUAUUAAAACAUGUAGAAAAAGCAUUAUGUGAAGCAAUUGAAAGUUUUGGUGAUUGUUUACAUCAUUUGGCAUUUACCAAUUCAUCAACUAGUAAUACAAUCCUAUUAACAAAUAGUAUCGAUAACAAAGAUAAUAAUGACCAACUAGUCAGUGAUGAUGAAGAUAAUAUAUCUUCAUUGGCAUCAUCAACCAAUCAAUCAAGUCUAAAUAAUAGUAGUAUGGUACCCACUAUAAUUGACGAUAUACCAAAAUCCACAAAACUAUUGUUAUCAUUGUCAAAUUGUUCGACGGUAGUGUCAAAGACUGCCAUUCAACUCCGUGACUAUUAUGUCACAUUGUUCCAUCGCGCGUGUUCAGAUCGAAUCAAAAAGGUUAUUCAAAAGAUGGGUUCAUUGGAAUUGAGAAUAUUGGAAGAGUAUGUUCAUCUCAAGAGCAAACCUCUUUGCGAGGCUGUACACAGAGGUAUUUUGUAUUCAGGUACCGACUGGUCAACCAAUAAGCCACCCACAAAGGUUGGCGACUAUGUCAUGACAGUAUUGACCAAGAUGGUAUUCAUUCACAACGAGGUGAUAAAGACAAUCAACAGUUUGGAUGUAGCACGGGGUAUCAUCACCCGUAUUCUCGAAAAACUCCUCAUCUCCUUCCAAUUUAUGCAUAGUCAACUCGACCCAACCUUUUUGUCUGUCAAUGGUCAAAUGCAGCUCAUGCUCGAUAUUUUAUUCCUCGAGCACGUUCUUGCCACCAACACGAACCAAAAGACUGAAAAGAUUUCAUCCGCUCUCAAGCAAACUCUAUCGCUCACACCAAAGGAUAAUUAUAAUAGAUCACAACCUAUCAAUAUCAAAUAUUUAGAAUCAAUCAUUGAAUCACAAUUACACAAAACUUCAUUAUUAUUUAAUUGUUUUAAAUAA